GGCUGGUUCCUGCUAGUGGCGGCGGGGCGUCUUUGGAUCUCGGAAUGCCUGUUAAAAGAUCACUGAAGCUGGAAGCAAAUGGUAAUUAGCAAUUUGGAGUACCGUUAUCCACCUUGUUCUGUGAAGAAUGCAGCUGUGACUAUAAUUCUGCAUCUGUUUCUUUGGUCAAAAUAGUGUUUGGUAGUCAUCUGAGCCUUCAAAAAUCACAAGGAUUGCAACUUAUUCGCCAACAACCGGGACUUGUCAGAUGAGCCCAUUUACUUCUCCCACAAGCUCUAAAGAAGGAGAGCACAGAAAUGAACCAUCAAAUGGAAAGAGAAGAAAAUUGAAUCACCUCAGUUUAGUGGGAAGAAAGGAAUCUACAACAAAAGUCAAUGAUGAAUUCAUGACAAUGCUAUCUAAAGUUGAGAAAUCAUCAGACAAAAUCGUGGAGAUAAUGCAGAAUUUAAACAGUGUACAGGCUUUGAAAGGCAAUAGAGAGCUCGAAAAUCUCAUUGGUAUCUCCUAUUCAUCCUGCUUCUUAAAAAGAGAAAUGGAAAAAACCAAAGAACUAAUGAUAAAAGUAACAAAACAAAAACUGUUAGAAAAGAAGAAUUCAGGACUUCCUCACAAAGGCCCUGAGAAGAAAUGCACUUACUAUGAGCACCAACCUUUGCAUCUGCCUGAUCAUAUUUAAAGGAACAGAAGAAAUGUUUGUAAUUAAUCUGCCCAGUAAAUACCAGCUCAUAGCAUGAGGCAGGUGCAAGUCUAGAUAAAAUUUCUUGCAGCUAAUUUAAACUUUCUACACACACCAGUAGGUAAUCUCAAUGUAAAUAAUACAUUUCUCUUUGACCCUGUAAUGUAAGCCAGUAUGUAAAAAAGGAUCUUGACAUAUACUUUGUAUCCCAUAUGUUUCUGUAUACUUUAGACAUUUGUGUAUAGACCAAGUAAAGCUUAUAUGAAAAUACUUAUGUUUUCUCAAAACUCAGAUUAAAUCCAACGGUAAGUGUAAUUAAGUACCAGUUUUCCCUUAAAGCCUUAGAUGUUUGUUUAUUUACAAAUUCCUUUUAAAAAAGUUAUUUUUUAAUUUAUCUACAGGUUUAUUGUGUAGUCACUAUCAUGGAGUGAGAUUUUAAUAUUAUACUCU